UAUCCCUGCGUAUGUUCUACUUUCCCUCUACUAAAUCUGUUUGGCAGCCCAGAAAAUUACUCUGUUUUUCUUUUCCCUCCGAGAAAAUUACUCUGUUUUUCUUUUCCCUCCGAGAAAAUUACUCUGUUUUUCUUUUUCUCUUCGAGAAAUCAAGAACAAUGGAAGUUCCUGUGCUGAACAGGAUUGCUGAAUUAGGCUCAGAUCUGGGUUUGCUUCGAAUUUUCACUUCCAUUUCCCCAUCCCCACAUUUUUGGAAAUGGGGUGCUGUUCUUAUAACUUUGUUGGCCACUUUUAGUGGAAUAAUCAAUCGGCUCAAGAUUUUAAUCAUUGUCAUUCGUCGGAGCAGUCGAACCACUCCCAUUUCCGAACCUCUCUCCCGAUCUCUCCACGGCGGGGAGACUGCUGGUUUAGUUUCGGAGAAUCUCAGAUCUUCCCUGCUUUCAAGCUCGGAAUCGGAAGAUGAGAAAGAGGCGGACCGGGAACCGGACGACGGGUCGGAUUUUCGAGUCAAAGGGACGGCUCGUUGUUCUCGUCUCCGGCGACGGUACGGCGGCGGAAGCGAUGGAGAUUCGGUUCCGUGGUCGUGGCCGUGUUUUGGGUCGGAACGGAGCGUAGUGAGGCAAUGGGGUGAUGUGAAAUUGAAAUGCGAGUUUGAGAAGUUAAGUGGGAGUGUGAUUUCGUUGUACGAUGAGAAUGAAGAGGCGGAGAUCUGCUCCAUUUUCAGCGAUGGAGCUCCGUUGCAAGUGGCGGCUUUAUCGCCGGGGAGAAUGGUGGUGGCCGCCGGAGAGAGAGUCUCGUCGAGCGUGUCACUUAAGCUUUGGGAUACGCGUUGCCGGAGCCGGACGUCAGUGCUGGCGGCGGAGUGGAAUUCGCCGUCCGGAAAGGUCGUCGACGUCUAUUCUAAUGAUGUAGACAAAAUCUAUCUUAGAGAUAACGGAGGCGACAGAAUAGUGGUCGGUGAUGUUAGAAAAGUUAGGCCAGUGUCGGAGAAUUCGUCGGCCGUCGACAGCGGCGGCUGGUGGGAGUCGGAACAUAGACGCCGUUUAUAGUUUCGUGAGAGAAAUUGGUGGUUAGAAGGGUGAGUGAGACGGUAGCUCGAUUGGCACUUUUGUAGAUAUUAAAUUUGUUUGAUACAAUAAAAAUUUUGAUUUAGUUUCGCUCCA